AUGGAUUUGCAGAGAAGGUUGGUAGGUAUAGCUAAGAGUUUAUUUAGAAAAGCAGGAUUAGAGAAAUUAAAUGAGGCUUUACUGGAAUAUAGAAAUACUCCAAUUUCAGGUAUAAAUUUAUCACCAAGUCAAAUGCUAUUAAGUAGGAAUUUAAGAACACGAUUACCAAUUACACAAACAGAAUUGAAACCAACUGUAAAAGAUCAAUAUAGAGAAAAGGUGAGGAAUACAACGGAUUUUCGCCAGAUGGAACAAGGUUUGCUACAACUUCUUGAAGAUUUUCAUUCAGGAAAACUAGAGGCUUUUGGGCAAAACUGCACAUUUGAAAAGAUGGAAAAUGUACGAGAGCAGCAAGAAAGACUUGCAAGACUUCAUUUUGAUUUAAACGCUCAGCAAGAAAUUUAUGGACAGCACACAGAUGAAGGGCUCAAAAUGGCCAAAGGAAAUCUUUCCAAGUUAAUGGAAAAUCUUCAGAAACUUAGUCUUUCCAUAGAGCAAUUACAAUCAGGUAGUUUAGGAACUGAUGAUGAAAAGUCAUAAAAGUUCCCAAAUCACAUAAUGAGUGCAACUUUAUUUCAUUGUAUCUUUGUAGGAUUUUUCUCUACACAGAAUGCUAUUUCAAACAUUUAUUUAGCUAAUGUAAAUAAGCAGUUUAGUCAUAGAUGGCUGUGAUAUAAAUUUCUGAGUUUGUAUACCAGUUUGUCUUGGGGUAAAAAAAAUUUAACUGUUGUGCAUCAUUUUCAAAAUAUUUCAUAGUUUAUUGGCAAAUUGCAUGUUGACUUAUAUGGACAAUCUCAUUUCUUAUAUACCAACUAAAUUGUAUUUUUUAUAUUUAAUAUAAACUGUACUUUUUUUAAGCAACAGUUUAUUCAAAGCAUAAACUAUUGUGGUACAUAAUUAUAUUAUUUAAUGAGCUUGAUUAAAAUGUUUGGAUGCAAUUUUAUAUUUUUCUAAAAAUAGCUUUUCAUUGUAAGGUUAAAAACUUUCAGUAAUAAAGGUAUAUCCUUUCUCAGAAAGAGAAGUAGCUACUAAUUUUCGUAAUAUUGAUUAAAUCUCUCAUUAUUUUUUUAAAUAAAGAAAGUUAAUUUAUAUAAGAAAUUAAAUUUAUGUUAAAUAUUUAUUUGUUAUGCAUUUGUAUAUUGUUAAAAAAUGAAAGGAUAUAGUCCAGUUUUACAAUGAGCUUCAGCUGAGCAUUUGCUCAAAAAUCAUGUAUUUGAAGCUUUUGACAGAUUUUUGACAUUCCAUUUUGAUGUUGAACUAAUAAUUAUAAAAUUUUAUAAACCAUUAUAUAGAUUUUUGAAGAAUGUCAGCCAUCAGUUUGAGAUAAAAUAUUAUAAAAUGAACUGAAAUAAUUUUUUUAUAUUUAAAGGAAAAAGUUUGUAUUUAUAAAUAUAAUGACAAAAUAAGAUAUUUCUGGGCCAUUACAUUAAUCAAAAUUUUCUUGCUGUGGAUGUUUUUGAUGUUAUCCUCAUUAAGGAAUUUAUUAUUGGCUUUUUGCCCUUGUAUUGAAUUUUAUGUCAAAUGAGCUUUAAUAUAUAAGUCUGGAUUCUUUUCAUUUUGUGAUAUUUUGUUGUUAUUAAAUGUUGUUUAGUUGCA